AUUCACGCCUAGAAAUCAAGGCUCGUGUAAACUCGGAAGUCUCUAUGUGUGGGUUGACAAUCACAUGCACAUUGGGAAAUUUGUGAAAGGUGUGUUGUAAUCACACUAUCAGUGAGAAGGGAAACAUAAUAACAAUACACUUGCUACAUGUUCAAGAUAGAUCUUGGGCUCGUGGUCAGCGCAGUGACGCCGUGAUUGCCCUCCCGAAGGAACCCGGAGAAAAAUAACAUAUUCCGGAAGUUUACCGACACCUGCGACUAUGAUCGCCUUAAAAUGGAAACUUUUCUCUCAUCACGGGGACUAAGCACCUAUAGCAUCGCAGAGACAUUGGGAACACAUCAAACAGAUGAUGAUGAAGAUGAACAAAGGUCUUACAGGUUUCGAACGACAUGAAGGUGUGCAUAUGUGACAGUGUUAGGAGAUGACAUCCCCAUGGUGCAUGCUUGGAAACAAGAUCACUGCUCUUGGACGUGCCGACCUGUCCAAACAUACACACAUGCCACGCUCCGGGCUACUGUGUGUAGUGCUCUUCCCUGAUGGCACAUCCCAACAUUUUACUGUCAAUAAACACAAUGCUGGUCAUCUGCUCUUCGACUUGGCUUGUGAACACCUAAACAUAGUAGAGAAACAGUACUUCAGCCUGCAGAUCAGUGAGGACACAUCCAGCUCUCCGAGGUGGCUGGACCCCAACAAACCCUUUAAGAAACAGCUGAAAGGUUCUGCUCCAUUCUUUUUAAUAUUUAGAGUGAGGUUCUUCAUCUCUGAUCCAAACUCCCUCCAGCAUGAGCAGACCAGGCAUUUUUAUUUCUUGCAAAUUAAGAAGGACAUUUGUGAGGGGAGAUUAAAGUGUCCUUUAAGCUCAGCUGUGGUACUGGCUUCUUACUCUGUUCAGUCUGAGCUUGGAGACUAUGUUCCUGAAACUCCUGCUGGUUACCUCAGUCAGACCCAUUUUCUCCCUGACCAAGACCAGGAGUUCCUUCUGAAAGUGGAGUCGCUGCAUCCACAGCACAAAGGUCUGUCUCAGAGUGAAGCAGAGCUGUGCUAUUUGAAUACAGCGAGAACAUUAGACCUGUAUGGAGUGGAGCUACAUCAUGCUCAGGAUGUUAGCAACCCUGCCCUCUGGGUGGGGAUUACAUCAGGGGGCGUGGCCUUGUUUUGUCAUUUAAUUUGCUCCAGUUUUUUCCCCUGGAUUAACAUCAUCAAAAUUGCAUUCAAAAGAAAAAGGUUCUUUGUCCACCUACGCCGGAAACAUGGUGAGCUCGGCCACCACGUGGUCUCUCUCUCAAUGCCAAGUUCACGCGCCUGUAAGAACGUGUGGAAAUCCUGCGUGGACCACCAUACGUUCUACAAUAGGAAACCCUCUCACUCGGCUUCAAAACUUAGCUCUAUCCCACUGUACCGAAAACUGAUUGGUGAAAAAAUGUUGAACCCUGCGGUGAGAUCCAACUCAAUGGAACACCUAGAGACCAAGAGUCUACCCUCACGGUCACCCCCCAACACGCCCAACUGGAGGAGUCCUCGUUUACGUCAUGACGUCCGUAAGCCACGCCCAUCAUCUGUGGACAACCUGACCAAUGAAAUGAGCUACAUGACUGAGAGUGAAGACGUGUUCUAUACUUACAGGAAAACUCAGGAGGAGGGGAGGACGAGUGGUAGUUGGUCUCAUAGUGAUGACGUCACCAUAGAAGAAGAUGAUUUUCACGCCUGGGAUAAGAGUGUGACAGCUGAUGGAGAUCUGCUACUUGUGAGGAUCAGCCCGGACCAAGAUGGGAAGUUUGGAUUCAAUGUUAAAGGAGGUGUGGAUCAGAAGAUGCCGCUGGCCAUCUCUCAUGUUAACCCUGCAUCUCCGGCUGGUCGCUGUGUGCCUCCACUGAUGGAGGGAGAUCAGGUGUUGUUGAUAAAUGGGCGGGACAUUUCAGAACACACGCAUCAGCAGGUGGUCAUGUUCAUCAAAGCGAGCCGAGAGUUACACAGCAAGGAACUUGCGUUGCUUGUGCGCCGCAAAGGUGUCUCUUUGCGAGCCGAACCCACCCUACAGUUGGGUGAGGGUCUCACUCUUCCGGGUAAAAUAUCCCCACUGUCCACCCAGCCGUCUGGAGAGACACUAGAGGAGUCCAUGACCCGUCUGGAAAGGGGGUUGGUCACUGGCACGCUGCUUCUGCAAUUUGAGAAGUUGCACAGGAAGAAAGAGGGAAUGUUAAUGUCUUGCGCAAAGCAGUCCGAGAAUAUGGACAAGAAUCGGUACAAAGAUGUAUUACCAUAUGACAUCACUAGGGUGGUGCUGCAGGAGGAGGGGGAUGAUUAUAUCAAUGCCAGUCAUGUGAAGACUGAGCCAGCGGGUUGUGUUUUGCGGUACAUAGCAGCUCAGGGUCCACUGCCGAACACCUGUACACACUUCUGGAGGAGUGUGUGGGAGCAGGACGUCAGUGUCAUCAUCAUGCUAACCACACUGACUGAGCGAGGACGGACCAAGUGCCACCAAUACUGGCCGCAUCCCCCUGAAGUGAGGGAUUAUGGGUAUCUUCAGGUGUGCUGUCACUCAGAGGAGUGCAAUCUGGCAUAUGUUACUCGAGAACUAACAGUCACAAAUACUCAGUCGGGACAGCAGCGCUCAAUCACUCAUUUGCAGUAUGUUGCCUGGCCGGAUCAUGGGGUACCAGAAGAUUCCUCAGACUUCCUGGAUUUUGUCCAGUCAAUGAGAAGUAUGAGAGGGGAGUCUGUGCCUCUUAUGGUCCACUGCAGUGCUGGAAUCGGGCGGACGGGUGUGUUGAUCACCAUGGAGACCGCCAUGACACUGAUGGAGAAGGAAAAGCCAGUGUAUCCCCUAGAGAUCAUUACUUUGAUGAGAGAGCAGAGGGCCAUGCUGGUUCAGACAUCGUGCCAGUUCACCUUUGUGUGUGAGGCCAUUCUGAGGGUGUACAGAGAGAGAUUCAAACAGAGCUCAACACCUAAUAGUUGAUGAGAAGAGAGGGACAGGAGAGGAGUUUUUAAAAACACAGAAGUGAAGGAAGAAGCUCUGCUGCUGUGAUCCAACUGUCAAUAAAGAUGGAUGAAAAAGGGGCAGGGAGUAGAGGGCGUGUCUGGAUAAAGAUGGAUGGACAAUCUCUUCUCUUGCUGUGGCUCUCCUGACAGCUGUGCGGAUCAAGGAAGAACAUAAUGCACUUUGACGUAUAAGCCUAAUAGGUCCCUACAGCACACAUACUCUCUCUUUCUCUCUCCCACAUAUACACCAAGUGCUAUAUUUGGGUGAAUCUCACAAAAUAUGGCAAGAAAAGUUCAGGUUACAUUUGACCCCAAAACCGAGAGAAAAAAAAAAGAAUAAAAUUUUGCGUAAAAUAAAAACAUAUACUUUAAGAA